AUGUGUAGGGUGAUCUUCUAUGCCCUUAAUGAGAUCUUCUGUGCUCUUAAUGAGAAAAAUACUGGCUUUCCUAUGUCUCUAAUCAGUCAAUUUCUCUGAAGCUGUUCUUUAUAGUAAUCAAGAGGAAAAAAUACUGGCUACUCCCACUUUAUUGAGAUGGUGAAUGCAAAGAGACUACAAAGUGUUACUGAAUCUUGAAAGGCACUCCAAGCUGUCACACUCCACUAGUGUGAAAUACUACUAUGUGAAGGCAGAUGCACGAGGAGCAAAUGAGGAGGACAUCCCAGGAAUUCAAUUUCAGGUGCCUGGAAAAUGGAGAAGACUUUGAACAGAAUUCAUCCAGUUUCUGAUCCAGAAGCAACAUAUUUUCUACAAGUAUCAUGGGAAAAAGAUUUAGGCACUGGCUUUGUUAUAAUGCUAAGUGAUGGUCAGUGUGCAUGGACUGGGACAGUGUCUGAAGCUGAAAUUUCUAGGGAAGCUGCUGACAUGGAAAUGGAUAGAGAAAAGUACGUUGAAGAGCUGAAGAAAGCACUGAUACUUGGAGAAGAAUCAGCUGGCAAAUAUAAUUUUGCUAUUUCAAGAGGUGAAGAAAGCACAGAGUGUCAUUUUUCCUAUGAAAAAAAUAUGAAAGAUGUUUCUUUUAGACUUGGAUCUCUAAGGCUGCAAAAAGUUUCGAGGCCAGUUGAAGUGGUUAAAGAGCUGAUUGGUCAUUGCCUGGACCGCUUAGGAAGACUGCAGGCCGAAAACGAGCACCUGCAAAAAGAAAAUGAAAGGCUCUUCAGUGAUUGGAAUGAUGUGGAGAAACGGCUGGAAAAAUGUGUGAAAGCUAAAGAAGAACUAGAAGCAGAUCUCUAUAACCGGUUUGUUCUAGUGCUGAAUGAGAAGAAGGCGAAGAUAAGGAACUUACAGAAGUUGUUGAAGGAAGCUAAAGAAUCUGCAGCAGAUGCGCCAUAUACAAGAGAUAGCAUUGCUACAGUUCAGGCAGCAACAGAGAGAGAGGAGGAGUAUGAUGGCAGCACUGAUGAGGAAAGUGAAAAUCUAACACAGUCCUCAUUACCAUCAGUGCCAGAACGAAAGGACUCCAUCCUGGGUAGUCCAGACGUCAUUGAUACUGCUCCAACACGGAAGCGAAGGCAAAGGAUAGUAAAGCCUGCUGGGACAGGAGCUAAAGUGGCAGCCUAUGAGACAGAACUACCAGUGAAGGAAAAACCUGAUCUUGCCUCACAGAAGACAUCAGGCAAGCAUUCCCCGGAUGUGAUGUCUCUGGAAACACUGGAAAACACUUGUGAGCCAGAGGACCUCUUUGAUGACAUCUAACUAUGUGUUAGCUGAGAAACUGAGAUAAUAGAGCUCCUACUAGACACAAGCUAUAAAACUUAGAAGGCUUAGUUGUAGGCACUGAGCUGAAAUCUUUACUGUAAGGUUGUAUUUGACGUGUGUGCAUUCUUCAGUCCACUGUUGCAGACCCUUGACCUGCUGAGGCUUGAUUUGUGACAGCCUUGAAAUCAGUUCAGCCUCUGUGUAGAUCCUUUAUAACAUGAAUAUGGGGAAAGAGAGCAUCACCACAGCAUUUUUACAUCCUAGCAGUCUUUGGCUGCUGAUUAUAUUCAGGUUCAACUGGUUUCCAGAUGUCACCAGAGAAUAUGUCAGACUUGAAGAAGAUUUAAAGCUACCACUGUACUUACCUUAUAUACUACCCCUUUCUUGAGAAGCUCAGCUUAGAUGCAGUCUAGCUAAAUCAUCUUCAGUUUUGAUUGAGAUGUCUUCAAAAGCUGAAUUUAAAAUGGUAUUAUCUGAAAUGAAGAAUCCAAAGAAAUGUCAUUUUGCUUGUUACUUGAAGAUGCUCUGAGGCAUUAUGCAUUCUAAGGUGCGUGCUUGCUUCUGGGAGUAAAAUGCUUAUGAAGUCAAUAAUGAGUCUAUUUUAACCUUCUGUAGAAACUCAUAGCCCUUAAAAUGGUUAUUUUUGAUGUUUCAUUGAUUUUUCUUAAGGUGAUUUCUAAAAUAAUAAAUGCAUUCUAAGUCAUCGAUUUUGUUUUU